AUGGGCCAUGGCAUGAUUUUGAUGUUUUGCACCAUGCCAAGGCAAGCCAAAGCCAAGACAUGGCAGCAGCACAGCAGACUGGCGGCAUGGCAUGGGAGUUGUCAACAGAUGCUGAGAGCUGUCGAUAGAAUUUGCCGACAGAUGCCGAGAGAUGUCGACUGGAGCUAUCGACAGGCGUUGUCGACAGAUGUCGAAGGAUACCGAGAGAAGAUGCCAAUAGGAGCUGCGCACAGCAUGAGCGCAGGAUGCGCGAAGGAUGUCAACAGCACUGGGCACAAGGCUGCAGCGUGCAGGGCAGUUAUGCGCAGCGCAGCAAUGGCAGGCAGCUCAAGCAACGCACGUAUAGACUGCAAAACACACGUUGGCAAAUCAUGGCCAGAAGUGGCAGUUUGGUUGAAAACCUGCUGGAGUGGGUCUAAGACGUGGCAAAACUGUUUUUGUGCAGUCCAUGGGCAGUUGGACGUGGCUAGAGUGGCUGUAUGCUUAAAACUCGGGUUGUGGAUGAUCUUGGAGCAAUGA